AUCCAGGCAGCUUUGGUGCGUCAUAAAAUACGGAGUAUAAACGCAAUGGGAAUCGAAUCGGAGGCCGAGCUCCCGCCAACUGCCAACAUCCGCAGAAGUCUUGUAACUGUAGUUCUUACCCCCAAAGAAACCCAGAGGUAGUUGACGACUUUGAUUAGGGUUUUGCUGGAUUUUCAGUAAAAACCCUCACCUUUCAUCUUCACUGAAUUUCGAUUUCCCAAAAAUGGCUGAAGUUAAAGUGUCAUUGGAUUUGACUGAGGAAACUCUUCAGAGCAUGGAAGUUGGCAUGGCUUUUCGCGAUUAUAGUGGAAGAAUUAGUUCAAUGGACUUCCAUAGGGCCUCGAGUUACCUGGUCACUGCUAGUGAUGAUGAAUCGAUCCGCUUGUACGAUGUUGCCAACGCCACAUGUUUGAAAACAAUCAAUAGCAAGAAGUAUGGGGUUGAGCUCGUGUGUUUUACUUCUCACCCUACAACAGUGAUCUACUCGUCAAAGAAUGGCUGGGAUGAGUCAUUGCGGCUUCUCUCCUUGAAUGACAACAAAUACUUGCGGUAUUUUAAAGGUCAUCAUGAUAGGGUUGUAUCUCUUAGCUUGUGCGCACGCAAUGAUUUCUUUAUAUCAGGUUCUUUGGACCGGACUGUUCUGUUAUGGGAUCAACGGGCUGAGAAAUGUCAGGGUCUUCUACGUGUCCAGGGAAGGCCUGCAACAGCUUAUGAUGAUCAAGGAUUAGUGUUUACGAUAGCUUCUGGAGGAUAUAUAAGAAUGUUUGAUGCUCGUAAGUACGAGAAGGGCCCUUUUGACGUAUAUUCUGUCGGGGGAGACUUCUCUGAUGCGCACGUAGUAAAAUUCAGCAACGACGGUAGACUUAUGCUUUUAACAACCACAAAUGGAUUUGUUUAUGUGCUUGAUGCGUUUCGUGGCACCCUUCUAUGCUCAUAUAGUGUGAAACCAGUAUCUACCAAUUCAACUCUGGAGGCCUCGUUUAGUCCUGAGGGAAUGUUUGUCAUAUCAGGUUCAGGGGAUGGCAGUGUAUAUGCUUGGAGUGUCCGCAGCGGCAAAGAGGUGGCAAGUUGGAUGAGUACUGAAAAAGAGCCUCCUGUCAUCAAAUGGGCACCCGGAAACGUCAUGUUCGCCACUGGAUCUUCUGAACUCUCUUUAUGGGUUCCUGAUUUGUCUAAACUGGGAACUUAUGCGGGAAGAAAAUAGCCAUUAGGCAAUAUGGAACCUCUGCCUGAAGAAAAGGCCAGCAGACUUUCUGUAGAAUGGAAAUUAUGUUGGAAGACAAUAACCAUGAGUCCAUGAGACCACCCAUGGAAUGGUCAAAGUUAAGGCUCUAUGCUUAUUAGACAUGCAUGCACCUUUUCUAGUCUACUCGAAAUGCAGCUUGCAGCAUAAAUCAUGAUUCGUGAUUGAAUCUUGCCUUGUGUCCUUGCUGUGUUGUGAUUCAGCUUCAACAACUUGUAUUCAGGACAUUCAGAUAGCACAAGUCACAGUUAAUAUCGUUUUGAAUCUUCUCGAGGGAGAAUUGGUGAAACUUUGGCUGGAUGAUGUUCGACUCAUGUCCUUUCACCCAGGUACAAAAGCCGAGAACUCUGUAUAAUACUCUUAUUUUCGUUUAAUUCUGUGUAACAUUAUUGUUAUUUUCUUUGUUGAACUAUAUUUCCAUGACUUAGCUCAUUAAUUUUUACCUCUACUAUGUAACAUAUUUAUUAAUUUUUAUAUACUUUUAAAAAAAUCUCCCAUGUAACAUAUUUAUUAUACUUUAAAAAAAUCUACCGUGUAACAUUUUGCA